UGAACAACUUUGAUAGAGUGAACUUGAUUAAAUCUUGAUCAAGUAAAUAUUUUAAUAUUGCCUUUAUUAUAUUGUGUUAUACAAUAUUUCUGUUAUUAAAACCAGUGCAAUUGUGUAAUAUAUUUGCUGUUGAACUGUGAGGUGAAAAGUGAAAUUAAUCUUUCAGUGUUUUUAUUGUGAUAAUCUUCAAUUUUCUGUAUUAAUAUCAAUAGGUUGAUUAUUCAGCAUUUCUUCCUAUUGAAAUUGGUUAGUAACUAUCGAAAAAGAACUUCUUUAAUCUAAAGAAUGAAGAUUUUGAUUAUAAUCUCUUCACUUUCACUCUUGGUGUCGGCAUUUGAUGAAAACACUCUGGAUGUCGCCAAACAAAAGGUAGCGGAGGGACUGGACCAGUUGCCUGACAGUGUUAAGAGUGCCAUCCCUAACGGUCUGAAUAUGGACAAUGUGCCUUCCAUUGAUGAGGGAGAGGAGUUGCUGAAGGAACGCUGUGAGAAGUACGGAACUAACGAAUCUUUCGACAGAGUUUUGGCUGCCAGGAGUGAGGUCCAGUUCUGUUUCGAAGGAAUGGUGAACUUCACCGAAUUUCAGGCGGAGAUAGAGCAUGCGAAACCUACCGGAGAUCUUGAUAUUGUCUUCAGGAAGUACUGCGGAAAGACGCCACACCUACGAGGGUGUGUCUCUAACUUCACAGAGGCCAUUGAACCAUGCCUGAAUCCUGACGAGCGUAUCUUGAAAGAGACUAUUAUUAACGUAACAGACGCUCUCAUCAGCUUCAUCUGCUUCAAGGAGGGUGACCGCAUUGCUUUGUUUAUCGCAGAAGAGGGACCCGAGUGCCUGAAGAGUAAACAGGAGCAGAUCCAGGAAUGUAUCAACUCCACUUUCUCCCACUACAUCCCUAAGGAUAUGCCAGGAAAGCAAGAGGAGUUGCCUUUGUUCAAGAUGGAGGAGAAGGAGUGUGGAGAUCUGAGGAAGCUCCAGAAGUGCGUGAUCAAACAUCUGGAAAAGUGCCUCAGAGCCAACAUCAGCCAACAUCGUGGACAGUCUGAUCAAGUUUGUGCGUAA